CUCGCAACAGUUCUGGAUCUGUAGUCCACGAGCUAGGUCUAACUAGAUACAGGGCUGCUGGCUGUUUUACCUACUUGCUGUGCUUCAUGGUCGUUCCGGGUUCCUUGCAAAGCUGAAUGACUGCUAGUCAGCAUCAGCAGCAUCCCUCCAGCGGUUUCUAGCAGCUACAGCUGUUGCCUCAUCCGGCUCCGACCGAGACCGUUUAAUGUGCGGGGCAAAUGAGUGAACUAGUGAAGAGUUUACCGUCCCCUACUCUUUCAUGGGUUCAGUCCCCUGGAUCGGACACCUACAAAGGUUAUCUCUUUAAAUGGACCAACUACUUGAAGGGCUACCAACGUCGUUGGUUCGUCCUUAGCAACGGCCUUCUUUCAUAUUACAGGACACAGGCAGAAAUGGCACACACCUGCCGGGGCACCAUCACCCUUGCAACAGCACACAUCGAAGUGGGAGACACUUGCCACUUGGUGUUAACCAGUGGAGGACGCAGCUACCACCUGAAGGCCACGUCAGAUGUGGAGUGUCAGCACUGGGUCGCUGCCCUCCAGCAGGCCAAGGCCAAUGCCACCCACCUGAUGCAUCAUUCAGAUGACUCAGGAGACGAGUGUCCCGUGCCUCAGCAGGAUCGAAACCUGACCCAGGGGGCCCUCAACACCCUGGCCAGUAAGCUGGACGACCUCAACACCUGCAACGAGCUCAUUGGCAAGCACGGUGCUGCUCUGCAGCGCUCCCUCAGCGAGCUUGAGGACCUGCGUGGCCACAGCGACGGCACCGACAAACUCAAGACUGUCAACGAGCGUGCCACGCUCUUCCGAAUCACCUCGAAUGCUAUGAUCAAUGCAUGUCGAGACUUCCUGGACGUAGCAGAGACACACAGUCGUAGGUGGCAGAGGGCCCUGCAGUAUGAAAGAGAACAGCGCCACCAUCUGGAGGAGACAAUCGAGCAGCUAGCCAAGCAGCACAACAGCCUGGAGCGAGCCUGGAGAGAGGCUCCCAGCGCACACACAGCUGAGGGAGCUGGGAGCAAUCAGGAGAGGGAUGACAGUGACGAGAAUGAAGACACAGAGUUCUUUGACGCCAUGGAGGACUCUCCCUCCUUUAUCACAGUGACGGCCACUGACCACUCUCAGCACAAGCGUUCAGGCAGUAACCAGAGUAUUAUGAGUGGAGGGGUUCCCACUGAAUGGAGCCACGAUGACAAUGACUUGUCAGGUUCUAACCACCUGCAGCUACGUAGGACCCGACGCAGCCGCAUCCCAGAUAAACCAAACUACUCCCUCAACCUGUGGAGCAUCAUGAAGAACUGCAUUGGAAAGGAGCUGUCCAAGAUCCCCAUGCCUGUCAAUUUCAGUGAGCCGCUUUCGAUGUUGCAGCGACUGACUGAGGACCUGGAGUACUGUGAGAUCUUGGACAGGGCAGCUCGCUGCGAUUCUUCUUUGGACCAGAUGUGUCUGGUGGCUGCCUUUUCUGUCUCCUCCUACUCCACCACUGUCCACCGCACUGCCAAGCCCUUCAACCCCCUGCUGGGGGAGACAUAUGAGCUGGACCGCCUUGAUGAAUACGGCUAUCGCUCCAUCUGUGAACAGGUCAGCCACCACCCACCAGCUGCUGCCCACCAUGUGACAUCACAGCGAGGCUGGACCCUGUGGCAGGAAAUCACCAUUGACAGCAAGUUCCGGGGAAAGUACAUCUCUGUCAUGCCAUUAGGCAGCAUCCAUCUGCAGUUCCACUCCUGUGGGAACCACUAUGUGUGGAGCAAGAUCACCUCCACAGUGCACAACAUCAUUGUGGGCAAACUGUGGAUUGACCAGUCUGGGGACAUUGAAAUUGCCAAUCACAGGACCAAGGACACCUGCCACCUCAAGUUUUCUCCCUACAGCUACUUCUCCAGAGACGUCCCUCGCAAGGUAACAGGGGUAGUGGCCAACAGCGAGGGGAUAGCUCACUACAUCCUGUCAGGCACGUGGGAUGACAAAAUGGAAAGCGCCAAGAUUGUGGAAAGCAGUCGGGGGUGUGGAGGAUCAGAGGGUAAACAGAAGACCGUGUACCAGACCCUCCAACCCAAACUGCUGUGGAAAAAAUACCCUCUUCCGGCUAAUGCUGAGAACAUGCACUUCUUCUCUUCCCUGGCUCUGACACUGAAUGAGCUAGAGGACGGAGUGGCCCCAACAGACAGCCGCCUGCGGCCUGACCAACGCCUUAUGGAGGCGGGGUUGUGGGAUGAGGCCAACACCCAGAAACAGCGUCUGGAAGAGCGUCAGAGACUAGACAGAAGGAGAAGGGAGGCGCAGGCCAACCAGGCUCUAGAGGAAGGCCAGGAAAUAGAAGGCUACCAGCCACUGUGGUUUGAGAGGAAAACAGACGAUUCUUCGGGAGAGAGCAGCUACGUGUACAGGGGAGGGUACUGGGAGGCCAAGGACAGACAGGACUGGAGCCAAUGCCCAGAGAUCUUCUAAAUCCCCCCCCCAGACAGUGUGGCCCUCCCUGAAAACAUUUAAGCACUGAGAUAAACACACUUUCUUCUUCUUUGUUCAUGUACCACUCAGAACAAACUAACUUUUUUUUUUCUUAACACCUGUGUAUGAAGGUCAAUUUGUGUCAAAAUUCAUAUUCAGUUUUAAACUUGCUAAUCUUUUUGACACUUAUUAACCUUCCUACAAGUAUGUUUCCCCUAGCAUCGCCUUAAUGAGUACUAAGUUUGUGUGUUUGAGAUCGUUUGUGUAUGUGUGCGUGAUCAAUAGAUUGUGUGUGUCAGAAAGAGAGUGUCAGAGGAACACAUUGCAUGGAGCCAAUAUCUAUUUCACAAGGUUCCUUUGGGAUGUCAGGUGUAUCAGUAGUCAUUUAACAAGUGAAUGCAACUCUUGUGUUUUAAAGGCUGAUGGGCUCAGUUAAUUGGUUAAGAUAAGUAGUCAAGCCUUUUAACUGGGGGCAGUGUAUGAGGGAGGGAAGGCUGUGUGUGUGUGUGUGUGUGUGUGAAAGGUGGGUGGGUGAGGUUGAUGUUCGGAGCCAGUUUAAUGUCCUGUUCUUGGUUUUGAACAAAAUGUUCCUCCUACCGGAGAUUUCAGAGGUUUGCAUUAACUCUGCAUUGUGACUGACCAGAGCAACUACUAGAAGGCAGAAAAACAAUAUAUUAAAAACAUAAAAAACUACAGUAAAGACAAAACUACAACUUGAAUGGCUCCUGGACAUAGUAAUAUACAUAGCAAAUAUGUCACAUGAAUGGGGUGUGUUUUGGGAAACUCAAACUUUGGUGAGUGUUCCAAUGCAGCGUGAGUGCACUCCUGGUGUUUUUGUUCAUGGUGUUUUUCCUAGCUGAGCAUGAAUAAGCACAUGUGUGAUGGAGGCUGCUAACACCAGAUGCACCUUUGGUUCAGGACUUGUUCAGUUCAAAAUCAUUACAUGAGUUUUGUGGAGAAUAUAUUAACUUGUAACCCACACAAUUGGUAAAGAUAUUGAUUGUG